AUGGCGGCCGACAUGGCGGAUCGCUACCAAAUGAUGGAGGAGCUGGGGUGUGGAAGCUUUGGCACGGUUUACAAGGCCAUUGAGAAGGAUACCGGGGAGAUUGUUGCCAUCAAGCAUAUCGACCUUGAAUCGAGCGAAGAUGAUAUCCAGGAAAUCCAACAAGAAAUCUCGGUCCUUGCGACAUGCGCGAGUCCCGAAGCGCAUAUUGCCAUAGUCUGCCGUGAGCUGCUGCUAGGCCUCGACUAUCUCCACCGAGAAGGGAAAAUCCAUCGCGACAUCAAAGCCGCCAAUGUCUUGCUGUCCCAAGCCGGAAAAGUCAAGCUGGCAGACUUUGGUGUGGCUGCACAGCUCACCAAUAUCAAGUCGCAGCGGAAUACAUUCGUCGGAACGCCAUUCUGGAUGGCGCCGGAAGUUAUCCAGCAGGCUGGAUACGACUUCAAGGCCGACAUCUGGUCACUCGGCAUCACGGCAAUGGAGAUGGCAAAUGGAGAGCCGCCAAACGCCAGCACGCAUCCGAUGAAGGUGCUGUUCCUCAUCCCCAAAGCACCGGCGCCUCGUUUGGAAGGAAACGAAUUUAGCCAAAAUUUCAAGGAUUUCAUCGCUCAAUGCUUGAUCAAGGAUCCAGACCGGAGGCCGACAGCGAAAGAACUACUGAAGCACAAAUUCAUCCGCAGUGCGGGGAAGACUGAGGCCUUGCAGGAGCUGAUUCAGCGCAAACAAGACUGGGACGCAGGCAAAGGAAACACUGAGAACGUCAAAUACUACGCCGAGACACUGAACACGAUCACACCAAAGGACGAUGAUGACGGAUGGAUAUUUGACACGGUCAAGGCGCCUCCGACGAUUUCGGAACCUACCAAGAAAAUGCCACCUACAUCACCGGACAAUGCGGAGGAUUCGUCGCUGGGGAUGGAGGAUCUGCAUAUUUCCAGUCCACCGAAUCCGCCAAAGCCUGUCGCGAAUUCGACUGUGCGACGGACGCCUGCCCCAGAGCGAUCACCGUCAAUCAAACGAGCAAAUACUAAGCGACGCUCCAGUGGAGUAAAACAACCACUUGGUGUGGACUUGAGUUUUGGAAACAGCCCGUCCACGGUGCGUCAAUUCCGCAGGGUGUCAGACAAGAUGACGGACGAUUCUGGUCGCCAUCCUCAUCUGCCUCCUGGGAUGGAUGAAAAUGCCAGCCCGAAGACUUUGUUCUCCGAGACCACCACCACCACCACCACCACCAACAGCAAGGAAGCGCAAUUAGGCAGGAGGGCAUACAGUAAAGCUAUUGGAUUGGCUUGCCAGGAGAUUCUGGCGAACACGGGCGACCAGGAGAAGCGGGAAGCAAUCUCUCGGCUCGCCGAGGCCUGGAGCGAUCUGGAAAUGAUCGAUCCUGAAGGUCUCUAUCACAUUUUGAAAUUGUCCAACGAGAAGCUGAGAGCAAAACAUCUUAGUGACCCCAAACUGGCCUGUCUGCUUCCCGAACCAUCUCCAUCCGAAUGUCCCCAAAAGCCACGGCUUGUUCUGGCGCAGAACAACCCACAUCUCAAAAGUCAUCGGCGUCGCCAAUCGGCCCAGGCCCAGGCUGAGGCGAAUGCGAAUGCCUCGCAGAUGCCAAACCUUCCCGGACAGCACGUUCUGGGUAUGGAACACACCAAGCAAUUGGCGGAUGUCCUGUACCAGCGCUGGAGUGAAGGCCUACGCAACCGAUGGCCGGCCAUCUGA